GCACGCCGGCUCUUCUUCCUGAAAUCUCUACAUUUUGGCUUCACAGACGGCGAGCCGAGGGUUGUUGUGACAUUUCUGGCAGCGUCCCGCUCAUCCUUAGUCGGUGUUCGUUUGGUUCCUUGAUGGCGGGGAACUUUUGGCAGAGCUCUCACUAUUUGCAAUGGAUUUUGGACAAACAAGACCUAUUAAAAGAACGACAAAAAGACCUGAAAUUUCUAAGUGAAGAAGAAUAUUGGAAAUUGCAGAUAUUUUUUACAAAUGUUAUCCAAGCUUUAGGAGAACACCUUAAAUUACGACAACAAGUCAUUGCCACUGCGACUGUUUAUUUUAAAAGAUUUUAUGCAAGGUAUUCUUUAAAAAGUAUAGAUCCUGUUUUAAUGGCACCAACAUGUGUGUUUUUGGCAUCCAAAGUAGAGGAAUUUGGUGUUGUUUCAAACACAAGAUUAAUCUCUGCUGCUACUUCUGUGUUAAAAACUAGGUUUUCAUAUGCAUUUCCAAAGGAAUUUCCUUACAGGAUGAACCAUAUAUUGGAAUGUGAAUUCUACCUAUUAGAAUUAAUGGAUUGCUGCUUGAUAGUAUAUCAUCCCUAUAGACCCUUGCUUCAGUAUGUGCAGGACAUGGGACAGGAGGAUAUGCUACUUCCACUAGCAUGGAGGAUAGUAAAUGAUACAUACCGUACAGAUCUAUGCUUGCUAUACCCACCGUUCAUGAUUGCUCUUGCUUGCCUGCAUGUAGCAUGUGUUGUUCAGCAGAAGGAUGCACGCCAGUGGUUUGCUGAACUAUCUGUGGAUAUGGAAAAGAUUUUGGAAAUAAUUCGAGUUAUCCUAAAACUAUAUGAACAGUGGAAGAAUUUUGAUGAGCGAAAGGAAAUGGCUUCUAUUCUUAGUAAAAUGCCGAAACCCAAGCCUCCCCCUAACAGUGACGGUGAGCAAGGAACAAAUGGAAGCCAAAGCUCUGGGUACAGUCAGUCUUGACAUUUUCCUGAAUUCUAGUAGAGGACCAAGCUGGAUCAAGGCUUUGCCACUGUUAUGAAGCCAGAGAUACCCUUUCAGCAAAGCAUCCAGCAAAAUAAGGAAAGAGAAUUUCUUCACUUUACUGACUAUUUUUUUUUUUUUUUUUUUAAAGCCUUAUUUGUUGAAAAUCCUGUGUAUUGUACACAGAAAACACACAAGCUUCUGAUUUGGCUCAAAGAAAACACAAAUCACAAAUGUCCAAAUCUCACAAAUAUAAACAAUGCAUUACUCAAUAGUACUGCAAUUAAAAUACUUGACA